AUGAGUACGGAACCAUAUAGCCCCGUGUUCACGCGAGAAAACCGCACAGAAUUGUUUACUUCAGAAGAGUGUAACAAGAUUUUAGCAAAUUUAUUGGCCGAUAAGAACGAGCAGGGUGUCCUACUCAAUUUUGAUAUAGUGCCCGCCACGGAACACACUGGUUUCUUGGGUGAAUACUUUCACUUGUACCUCCAGUACCAGUUGGAGGAUCAGAAAGAUGUACAAACCUCUCGACUGUUUGUCAAGUCGGUGAUAUUCCACAAUGCGAAUAUGGAAUUCUAUAUGGAAAAAAUGGGUCUCAUUAAAAAGGAGAUAAAGCUCUACGAUUUGCUAAACGAGCUGAAGAAAUUUUCUAAACAUGUGUGGAGUGCCAAGUGCUAUUUCACCCGGAAGGAUCUGUUCGUAAUGCAAAAUGUAGAGGACAUGGGAUAUGUGGCACUGCCCCCGGGAACUCGAUUCCUAAAUGAGAAUCAGAUGGGACCCAUUCUGAAGUCCUUGGCUACCUUGCACGCCAGUAGUAUUGCCUACGAAAAGCAGCGGGGAAAAACCAUUGGCGUUGAGUUCAAAAAGUGGCUAAAGGAAGUGUCUGUUGAUCCGGAAGUUGAAUGGUAUACCACGGGCCUAAAAGCUGUCUUAGCAGUGGCUGCCACCCAUCCUGAUGUCCUGGAUAGUCCCGAGGCGCAGGAGUAUAUAACACAGGAGCUGCCUAGAUGUCUGGACAAGGUUUACUGCAUGGUGAAUCCAUCGCCAGUUCAUAGGAAUGUCUUUGUUCAUCGUGAUGCAUGGAAUGCGAAUGUGUUCUACCACAAGGAGAAGCCCCACGAAGAGAGAUCCAUCCUGGUGGACUUCCAACUGUGUCGAUAUAGCCCGCCUGCCAUGGAUUUUCACUUGGUUACUUAUCUUAAUCUGGAACCCUCUAGUCGAAAGAAGAUGAUGGGCAGUCUAAUCAAGACGUACUACGACGCAUUGGCUGAGGAAUUCGGAGAAAUGGGUGUCGAUCCUAAUCAAGAGCAAUUGAGUAAACAGGAGUUUGAGCAGUCUCUCCGGGACUUUUCUUUAUUUGGAGCCACUUACAAUUGCAUAGCCGCUACCGUACUCCGCCUGCCCGAUAAUUAUCUGAAAAACCUAAAGGAUGAACACCCGGAGGACUUCCAUCGCUUUUGCAAUGUGGAUCGGAAUGCAGAUGUUCUCCGUUUGAUGAAAGAUCAUCCGGAGUUUGCAGAUUAUAUGUACGAGUGUGUGGGUGACUUACUGGCACUGACAUAUCAUAAACUAAACUGAUUAAACGACACUGUCCCACGUGCUAUCAUCUUCUGUCCCCCUGGUAACAAUCGGAAUCCUAUAAGUUGCAGCUGUGCUAUCUGUUUACCCAUCACUUUUGUAAUCUUUUGCGAUUAUCUUAUCGCUCACGUUCAAAGAUAUUUGUU